UCUUGGUCACUCACAUUAUCAUAGAUUUCAUCUCGAUUCUAUUUUAUUGGUCCUUGACUACUGGAUAGUACUACUCUUCUCAUCGUCGUCUGUCGAGUCCAACAACGACCUUACAACGUGUCCUUGCCAAGCAACUCUCACGUAAGGGGGGACCUCACUGCGGCAAAGUCCACCGUGCACCUUUCCACAUCAACCAUACUGGCGUAUCUCUGACUUCAUCACAAAAAUGGGUCGAGACAGACUAGCUGCUCUCAGAGCGCAACGGCAGGGCGAUCCAGGACAGGGGGCCUAUGAGAUGCAAGACCACCCUUCAACUCCUGCGAACGGCACUGGUAAUGGCACAGGAACCGACCCUUCGUCCGCUUUCUAUGCGGAGGCCACCGCCAUCCAAGAUUCCAUCCAAGACUUCGAUGACAAUGUCACUCGCGUCGCUGAAUUCCACUCACGUUCCUUGAACGCCCUUGAUGAUGCAACGACACAAGCAAACGCAGCCCAGCUCGAACGCCUUACAGACGAGACUAGGCAGCUCAGCAAUAAUCUCGCCAACCGCAUCCGUGCCCUCGAGAAACCCGCCGGUCCAGGUCCGGAUGCUCAAAUUCGGAAGAACAGAAUUGAUGUCGUUCGGACAAAAUUUAUGGCCACCUUGCAGCGGUACCAGGAUGUUGAGCGCCAGUAUCGCCAGCAGUACCGUCAGCGCGUGGAGCGACAGUUUAAAAUAGUGAAACCCGAUGCUACGCCCGAUGAGGUUGCUGCCGUGGUGAAUGAUGAUCAGGGCGGAGGAACUCAAAUAUUUGCGCAAGCGCUCACUUCAUCGAACCGAUACGGUGAUUCAAGGGCUGCAUAUCGGGAAGUCCAGGAAAGACACCAAGACAUUCGGCGGAUUGAGCAGACCCUCGGAGAGCUGGCUCAGUUAUUCAAUGAUAUGGCCACCCUUCUAGGAGAGCAAGAAGAGAAAAUUAAUGCUAUCGAGACGCAAGCUGCAGGUGUCGCACAUGACACCGAGGGAGGACAAAAGCACACCGAGGUCGCGGUAAAACACGCUCGUUCUGCCCGACGAAAACGCUGGAUCUGCUUCUGGCUCACCAUCAUUAUCAUCCUCGCAGCUGUUGGUAUCGGUGUGGGUGUGUAUUUCAGCCAACAUCCAAUCAAGUCGAGUUCGUCUACUGGUUGAAGGAGCUAUGGGGGAGAUCACGGUGAUUGAAGACGGACAUGACUGAGUCGUAUACCCCUUACUUUCUUUUGCGAUGAGCCACGCUACCUCCAUGACUUGCUUGAGUGAUAUUAGAUAACUAAGUUAUUUAAUACGGACUGGUACUUGGUUUUACCAACAAUUAGUAGUAGCUUGCUAGACUCUAGUACAGGGAAUGACGAAAGCAAUAUUACGUCACGUGCAUUUUGCCGUCAGAA